AUCAGGUAACAUAACUAAUACUUAUUCACACUUCCUACAAGUUUUGUUAGCUGUUUGAUGAUGAAAUUAAAAGAGAGGGUUUUUUAAAAACUACCAUACUGUUUGAUGAGAUAAUAUAAUGGCUAUCACUGAGCAUAUAUUUCUUUAUUUAAAUCAUAUUUCAACAGAAAUGCUACUAAUUGGAAUUCUUACUUCUUUGUUCUGGUGGUAUUCAAAUAAAAAACUUUCGUAUUGGAAAGACAAAAAUAUUCCUUAUGUGAAGCCACUUCCUUUUUUUGGAUCUGUGAUAGACUAUCUGACAACACCGAUGCAUGUUCUUGAACUAAAGAGAUAUUUUUCCUUAGGACCCGUUUACGGUUUUUUUGAAGGUCAUCGUCCCGUUCUAGUAGUAGGUGAUCCAAAACUUAUUAGAGACAUUUUUAUCAAGGAUUUUCCGAUUUUUCGGAAUCGAAGAAUUUUCCAAUGUGACGAUAUUAUGAACCUAUCUCUUUUAGUAAAUGAAGGAGACUAUUGGAGAAGAAUUAGGUCAAUCGUCUCCCCUACAUUCACAACAAAGAAACUUAAAAGAAUUUUGGGCAUAUUCAAAGACUGUUCCAAAGUACUAGUUCAAAAUUUCAAAACAUCUGCACAGAAAAAAGAACCAACAUCUGUGUUGAGGUUUUUUAAUGCUUUCAUGUUGGACGUGAUAGCAAGUUCUGCUUUUUCUACGAAGAUCGAUUCCCUCAAUGAUCCAAAAAAUGAAUUUGUUCAACAAUAUAACAAGAAUUUUGGAAUUAUGCAUAAAUCCAAAUUGUGCCUAAUGUUGCUUUUUACUUCCUGGAAGCAUCUUAAAAAUAUUUUCAAGACAUCUGCUGUUAAUGAAUCUGCUCAGCAAUUUUUCAUCGACUUCAUAAAAGAAAUAAUAUCUGAAAGAAAAAGAACUAAACAAACUAGAGACGACUUUCUCCAACUGCUCUUGGAUAUUGAGAAGAAAUCAACCAUUGGCAAUAAAAAGGAAUCUGUUGAAAACGAGGAUGAUAUUAAUGCCAACGACGGAGAAGAUAUUUCUGGGCAAAAUAUUUACCCUGAUGUGUCCCAAAAGAAUCUUACACAUGAAGAACUGGUCUCCCAGUGUGUCACUUUCCUUUUAGCUGCACAUGACACAACAACUUCGAUGCUGUCCACCGUCAUAUACAUGCUGGCUAUCAACGAAAGCAUACAGGAAAAGGCAUAUCAAGAAGUUGCAGAACAUUUACAAGAAACAAACGGGGAAUUAACAUAUGAAGCUUUGCAAAAAAUGAAAUAUUUGGAUAAUAUCAUGUCGGAGGCUUUGAGAUUAUAUCCUCCGGUUAUGAGAACUAGCCGAAGAGCUGAAAAGACUUAUAUUCACGGAGAAACAGGCAUUAUUAUUCAAAAGGAUGUGGUCAUUUUGCUUCCCAUUUUGGCUAUUCAUAGGGAUCCAAAGUACUAUCCUGACCCUGAGAAAUUUGAUCCAGAGAGAUUUUCAGACGAAGAGGUAGCAAAACGGGAUCCUCACGUAUAUCUUCCUUUUGGGCAUGGACCUAGAAACUGCGUCGGGUUGAGAUUUGCACAGUUGAGUGCCAAAGUGUGCCUGGUGUACAUUAUCAGCUGCUUUAUUUUUAAGUCAUGCUCCCAAACCAAAAUUCCAUUGGAGCUUUCCAAAGAUGCUUACUUCGUAUUACAUGCAAAAGAUGUGACUGUUAAAUUGGAAAUUCGAAACGAUUGUCCAUUAGUUUAUACUUAAAUAAUACCGAUAACGCUAUGAUUGUUUAAAAUAUGAAUCAUUUAACAACGUAUUGUAGUCCUUUAUCAUAAUUGUAAUCAAUAAUGUAAUCAAUAAAUUUUACCAUCCAUAA